AUGGGAAGUGAAAAGAAUUACAACAACGAAGUAUCGGAUACACAGGCUGAAUCACAACCGAGUCUCCCACGUAUUAACAUUGUGGUGACUCCUUUGGUCAAGUCAUUUCUACGCAUAUCGCAUCAAUGUGUGCGGGUAGGUUCUUUCCCCAAUGAGAACUAUGCAACCAACAGAACUGCUCUCCGCGCCUUCCCUUCUGCCUUCGCUUCCGGUCCUCUAUCGGGGCCGAGCAACCGUCGGUCGCACUCGCACCUGCCAAAGUCUCUAGGUAGCCAGUCUUUGACUAAGGACCUUCCGAGCCCAAUCUCCCGUUUACCUAGAAAGCGGCAUGCCGCGGCUGUCAGGUCUCAUUCUUGCGAGCAAUGUGAGUGUAGGAGGACCUGCCCGUGUACCGUCUUAUUGAGCCAUUUGUUAUAUGGAAUUCGGUGUCAUCAAGCUCGACAAGGAAAGAAAGAAAAACGAGUUUUCCGAGUUCUGGGCGCCCGGCGAUGUCAUCCCGUAACGUGGAAACCAUCCACUCAAGUCCAGACUGCCGAAGACAGGCUGCAGGAUGCCAGGCACGCAGACACGCACGCCAAUGCCACUUAA